ACACUAGAGCUGGAGUCGGGCUGCCUACGUUUCAGUCCUAACGGUUGCGGCGCGGCGCUGGCCUCGGCGCAAGCGCGUACUGACACGCUCACACGCACGCACGCGCCCGAGGCGGUGGUUGGAAGCUCUCCACGCAGUGGACUAAGGUCGGGCGGGCAAGGCGAUGGGCGAGGCUGAAACACCUUCCUUCGAAAUGACCUGGAGCAGCACGACAAGUAGUGGCUACUGCAGCCAGGAGGACUCGGACUCAGAGCUCGAGCAGUACUUCACGGCGCGUACCUCGCUGGUCCGCAGGCCGCGCCGGGACCAGGUGGGAGCCCGGGAAUGCCGCCGGCGGGUGAGGGGCGGUCGCUGGAACCCCGCCCCUCCCCGGAUGAGGCUGUGGAGCGGGAGACACCUGAUCUUUCCCAAGCUGAGACUGAGCAGAAAAUCAAGGAUUACAAUGGCCAGAUCAACAGCAACCUCUUCAUGAGCCUGAAUAAGGAUGGCUCCUACACCGGCUUCAUCAAGGUUCAGCUGAAACUGGUACGCCCUGUUUCAGUGCCUUCCAGCAAGAAACCGCCUUCCUUGCAGGAUGCCCGGAGGGGCACGGGGCGGAGCUCAGCUGUGAAGCGCCGCACCUCUUUUUACUUGCCUAAGGAUGCUGUUAAGCAUCUGCACGUUCUGUCACGAACACGCGCGCGUGAGGUCAUUGAGGCCCUGCUUCGAAAAUUCAUGGUAGUAGAUGAUCCUCGCAAGUUUGCACUCUUUGAACGAACUGAACGCCAUGGCCAAAUAUACUUCCGGAAACUGUCAGAUGAGGAGCAGCCCUUGAAGCUACGGCUUCUUGCAGGGCCCAGUGAAAAAGCCCUGAGCUUUGUCCUGAAGGAGAAUGACUCUGGGGAGGUGAAUUGGGAUGCCUUCAGCAUGCCUGAGCUGCACAAUUUCUUGCGCAUCCUGCAGCGUGAAGAAGAGGAACACCUUCGCCAGAUCCUGCAGAAGUAUUCUCGGUGUCGCCAGAAGAUCCAGGAGGCCUUGCACGCCUGUCCUUUGGGGUGACCUUGUGUGGCCCUGGGUGACAGGAGGAGAACAGGCAGUGCGAAGAGCGUGCCGUGUGAGUGUGACAGGGCCCGUGGGGCCUGAGGAGUGCGUGUGCGUGAAGGUCCUCCUCUGAUGACAGGGAUGAGCCCAGAGAUCAGUGAAGGCGCUGGCCCUCUACCAGUGGAUAUGGCGCGGCACGGCGGGGCGUGGCUUUGGGUCCCUCUGUCCUUCUAUACUGGGUCAUACUCUGGGUAGCUGCUCCAGUCUUUCCUCAGGGUCGCCGCAGCUGUGAGAAUCUUAUGACCCUACAGACAGACAGAUCAAGGUUAUGUUUUCAAGGGUGAGGGCCCUUACCUAUGGAGAAACAUUGUUUGGGUCCUGAAUAAGUCUCAGGAUAGCCCUGUCAGAGCCAAGGGUAGCUGCUGAGAAUAAUAGAAGCACUAAGGUCUAAUCUGGGUUUCCCUCUUACCGUGCCUUCUGACUCACACACCCUGGGGUCAGGGAGGGCUGGCCAAUACAACUGCGGUGGCUCAAUGCCUUCUCUACGGGAAAGGUUGCCAGACCAGACCCCCUCUUGUUUGCCAAAGCCAGAGUCUCCCUCAGAUAUUUUUGAUGGAAGUGUAUGAAUGUAUGUAAUGUUUUGUGGCCUCAACUGAAUGCCUCCUGUUGGGAAAGGGAUGGGGGUGUGAGAGUCAUCAUCAGGGUCUGAUGCCUGAGAUAAUUGUCUGAAUAAAGAUGUAAGAAUUUC